UACCGGGCCCCCGCCUCCCGUUGCCGAUUGGCGGCGGACUCUCAGCUCCGCCCCGGCGGCGGGGUCCCGGGAGUUGCCGCUUAUCAGCGGAGCGGAGACACAACGGAUCGGAGCGAGAGAGCGGCCGCUGAUAGACCCGCGGACAGUCGCCCCGUUACCGAGCCCGUGUAGUCGCCACUCAGCGUGCCAACCAGCGAGCCUUGUGUCCAGAGCCGGCCAGUCGCCACCAUGGGCAGCACACUCGCCAAGUCUAAGCCGCAGGAGCAGGGCAAGACCAGCGGACAGGAGAACGGCCACGUCAAGACCAACGGGGACACGUCGCCAACCAAGGCGGACGGGGAGACGGUGGUGGCGGCGGUGGGGACCGGGGAGGUGGUCGCUGCCGAGGCGGGGAAGGAGAGCCCGGGAGACGGGAUCGAACCGGCGCCCGCCGCCGAGGGCGAGGCUAAAGCCGCCACUCCCAAGAAGAAGAAGAAAAAGUCGCUGAGUUUCAAGUCGUUCAAACUGGGCAAACUGUCCUUCAAGAGAGGCCGGCGCGGCGAGACGGCGGCGGCGGCCGGACCGGCUGAGGCAGCAGCGGGAGAGGCGGUGGCAGCGGCGGCGGUGGAUGAGCCCCGGGCCGAGACACAACCCGACACCGGCGACACCGACACCAAACCCGGCGGCCAGGAGGUGGAGGAGCCGAGCGCGGCGGAGGGGAGCAAGGCGGCAGCAGCAGCAGCAGUAGCAGUGGUGGUGGAGGAAGCGGCCGGAGCGGCCAGUCCAGAGUCCGGCUCCACAGACGCCGCCCGUGACCAGGAGUAGCCGGGGCUGUUUACAGACUUCACCCGCCACGUGUGACCUCUUCCCCGGUUACUCCCCGGACCGGCCCCGUCCCGCCAGUAUUAACUUGUGUUCCAUCACUGAAUUAAAAAACCCUUCCUGGGAACAUCUUGGGUCCGACAACAUCCCCCCAGCUGUGGGGUUUAUUGAAGACGAUGGAGGGUUUGAUUCUACACGUGGCCAACUUUGGUCUGGACAUGAACUGCCUCUCUCUCUCUCCCCCUCUCCCCGGCGAUCGUUAGCAUCUGUAUCCCCCCCCCCCGGUUUAAAACAUCUUGUGCUUGUUUAGGAAGACGGCAGUCUUUGAUCGAAGCUUCUAGAUUAUUUUGUAAUUUUACAGUCGACUACAACACUUUAAAAUUAAGCAAACUGUGUUCCAAUUGAUUUUUUGAUUAUUUUUGCAGAGGGGAGGGGGGAGGGGGAGUGCAACGUUUUAAAUGUGAUGUUUUUUUGCUGUUUUUGUCCUGUAAAUAAAACCGGCCAAAUUGAUUUGCAAU